CGCGAAGGAGGUUGGGGGAGGAGGAGGGGAGGGGAGGAAGGAAGGGUGACUGAACGACUGUUGGAAAGCCCGAGAUGAACGGGAAUCCGAACAGAAGUAUACAGUGCACACACAGGAAACGACUGGAAGGAGGCAGGCAGGCAGUCAGGCAGGCAGGGGGAGGAACCCGAGGAUGGGCACUGGGAAGACUAGUGCGGAGGGGAAGAAGGGAAGGAGACGAAGGGGAGGUGAAGUUCGGGAGGAGCACGAGUGGAGCGCGCGCACUGGCAGCCUCAGGCUCAGGCUUGCCGUUGGGUUGGCUUGGGGCUUGGAAGGGCCACCCACGGACCAACGUCAAUGACCCUAGCCUAACCACCGCGAUCGAUUCGAUUGAUCCUGCGAGAGAACCGAAAGUUCCCCUGUUCACUCGGGUAGGGAUCCCCGUCAAUGGUGGUGCUUUUGCAACGAAGGGGCAGCACGACAGAGACAGAGGGAAUACACAGGGAAGUCAAAAGCGUCCGUUAAAUAAUAAUCUUCCCUUUUAGCCACUGGUCGGGGAUGACAUCCUGAUGGGACUGAGUAAUUGAGUCAUUGCAGCGUGGGGAAGCCUAUUUGAUGCCGGUCUGCGUCGCUUGCCUCAGUGCCUGCCUCGCGACCAGCCUCUUGACGAUCGGC